AUCCCCUCCAAUCUCUCCACAAUCUUCCACAUCACAUCGCCACCAUGGUGUUGGCAAAAUCAAAAAACUCCGUGGGGCUGGGCAACAGCCUCAUGAACGACCGCUUCGGUAAAGGCAAGGCCUCCGGCAUGAAGAAGGCCUCCCACAACGCCUCCAUUGCCCGCAAGAACGAACAUGGCGAGACCUACAUCACCAACGCCCCCACCGAGGCCGCUUGGGUCAAGAUGCGCAGUAUCACCGAGCAGGCCGCCCUCGACGAGUUCCUCAGCACCGCCGAGCUGGCCGGCACCGACUUCACCGCCGAGAAGAUGAACAACGUCAAGAUCAUCCACACCGACCAGAAGAACCCCUUCCUGCUGUCUGCCUCCGAGGAGAAGUCCGCCGUCAAGAAGCACCAGAAGAACCGCGACCGUCUGACCGUGCCCCGUCGUCCCAAGUGGGACCAGUCCACCACCCGCCAGCAGCUCGAACUCAUGGAGCGCGAGAGUUUCCUCAACUGGCGCCGCGGCCUCGCUGAGCUGCAGGAGAACCACGACCUGCUCAUGACCCCCUUCGAGCGGAACCUCGAGGUCUGGCGCCAGCUGUGGCGUGUCAUCGAACGCUCCGACCUGGUCGUGCAGAUCGUCGACGCCCGAAACCCUCUGCUCUUCCGUUCCGAGGAUCUGGAGGCCUACGUCAAGGAGAUCAGCCCCAAGAAGCGCAACCUGCUACUCGUCAACAAGGCCGACAUGUUGACCGACAAGCAGCGAGCUAUGUGGGCCGACUACUUCGAGCGCCACAACAUCGAGUUCCGUUUCUUCUCCGCCCACCUGGCCAAGGAGCACAACGAACGCCUCAUGCAGGAAGAAGAGGAACGCAACUCGGACAGCGAGGAGAGUGAUGAGGAAGACGUCGAUGAGGCGGAGGAGCUGGCUGAGGGAGCCAAAUCCCUGGACAUUAAGGAUGGCAAGAAGCCCCAGGAGCCCCAGGAGGAACACGAUGGAGGUCUGGACCUGCAGCCCGGCGCCAGCUCGGAUCCCCGGACGGAUAUCCUCGACGUCGAGCAACUCGAAGAACUCUUCCUCUUCAACUCCCCUGAAAACCUCCCCGACAGCGACACUCCCGAGGGUGCCGCCAAGCAGAAGACGGUCAUCGGUCUGGUCGGUUACCCCAACGUCGGUAAGUCCAGCACUAUCAACGCCCUGCUGGGCGCCAAGAAGGUGUCCGUCUCCGCGACCCCCGGUAAGACCAAGCACUUCCAGACCCUGUACCUCUCGCCCGAGAUCAUGCUCUGCGAUUGUCCCGGUCUGGUCUUCGCCAACUUCGCCACCACCAAGGCGGAGCUGGUCGUCAACGGUGUCCUCCCCAUCGACCAGCAGCGCGAGUUCACCGGUCCGGCUGGUCUCGUCGCCCACCGCAUCCCCAAGCACUUCCUCGAGAACGUCUACGGCGUGACCAUCCGCACCCGGCCCGUCGAAGAAGGCGGCACGGGCAUCCCCAACGCCAGCGAGGUCCUCCGCGCCUACGCACGCGCCCGCGGCUUUGCCACGAGCGGUCUGGGUCAGCCCGACGAGUCGCGAGCCGCUCGUUACGUCCUGAAGGACUACGUCAACGGCAAGCUCCUCUUCUGCCACCCCCCGCCCCAGCCCGAGGGCCAGGACCCCAUCGACCCCCACAAGUUCAACGAAGACCUCUACGACAUGGCCCAUCUCCCGCCCCGCCGCCAGGCCAUGCUGGCCAAGCUCCUCGCCGACGAGGCCCUCGCCGCCGGCGUGACCGACCCGGAGAUGCUCGCCCUGCUCAAGGGCCCCGUGCCGGGCCUGCGCUCGCGCAACCUGGACUCCGGCUUCUUCGGCCCCGAGAACUCCGCCUCCACCGGCCGUCUGACCCUCCCCUUCAACUCGCAGUACACCGAACAGGGCAAGGAGAUGCGCCAGCACCUCACCGGCCGUAAGGAGCGCAUGAUGGUGGCGUUGGAGCGCGGCGUGGAUGUGUCGGAGGUCCGCUCCGGCAGCUCCAAGAAGCACUUCAAGGCCAACAAGCGCCGCGCCAAGAAGGUGCGCAAGAACGCGCAGGAUGAAGAUUACUGAUUUCGGGGCUCGCGGGCGAGUGUUUGUUUUCUUUUUUCUUUUUUUUCUUCUUCUUCUGGUCUGAAAAAGUUUCCCUGCGGAGUACUUUCCGUGUCAUAUACCGAUACCUACUACCUCCCUCCUUGCCUCUCUCUACCUGCCUACCUGCCUACCUACCUACCCGACUUAGCCGAGCUACCCUACUUACUCCUUCUGCCUUCCUGAAGUAUGCAAUGAACCGGAUGGGUUGAGUUUCUUCUCUCAUGGACGGAAUGGGUGUGAUUGAUGGACUGCCUUGUUUUCUUCCUUGCUUGCUUGCUUAAGUGAUUGAUCGUUUGAUAGAUAUCUUGUUUGUUAGUUCCGUGACUAUGUUUGCAUGAUGAAUAUGAUUCCAU